AUGACAUCUUGUAUAUGGGGCUUCAAGGCGGGCCGCGCGCCCGCGGCGGCCGCCGCGCUGCUGCUCUGCCUGGGGCUGCCCCCCGCCUGCGAGGGGGCGGCCGCGGGCGGCGGCAGGCAGCACCUCAUCAUGCGCAGGGAGGCCCCGUGGGCGGCGGAGGGGCCCACGCUGCUCGAGGCCUCGGGGUCGGGCUUCGAGGAGCUCGAGGCCAGUGAACGCGGGCGAUCCACCAUGAUGGGCUCCGAGGACGUCACGAACGGCCCGAUGAUGGACGGCUUGCAGCGUCCCUCGCACGUGAGAAGAGAAAGCACCCGCGCAAGCAUGUCGAUACUAUCGACUGGCGUGGCGGUGCAGAGCUCCCAGCCGGGCCCAGGAACGCUCGUGGCAGCACCCACAUCACCCAUCGCGGCUGGGUUGACCACCGCAACGGCGGCCUCGCCCGCCGCUGCGGCACCCACACUACCCAUCGCGACUGGAUUGAACACCGCAACUGCGGCGGCCUCGCCCGCCGCUGCGGCACCCGCAGCGCCCAUCGCGGCUGGAUUGAACACCGCAUUCGCGGCCUCGCCCGCCACUGCAGCAUAUGGCGCGACCAGCGGGGCCGGCUCUGCCGCUGCUCCCGCCGCCGCUGCAGUCACUUCGGGUGCUGGCGCGGCAGCUCCCAGCGCAGCCGCCACCCCAGCAACCCCGGCCACAGCGCCAGCUUCGGCCGCAUCCGCCACGGCCGCCACCGCAGCAACCCCAGCCUCUGCGCCAGCUCUGGCAGGAUCAGGGGCCGCCGCCGCCGCAUUGACCCCAGCGACAGCGCCAGUUGUCGCCGGAUCCGCCACGGCCGCCACCGCCGCAACCCCAGCCUCUGCGCCAGCUCUGGCUGGAUCCGGGCUCUGGCCGGAUCCGGGACGGCCGCCGCCGCAGCAACCCCGGCCACAGCGCCAGUCGUCUCCGGAUCCACCACGGCAGCCACCGCGGCAACCCCAGCCGUUUCGCCAUAUUUGGCUGGAUCCGCCUCCGCGGCAACCCCAGCCCCUGUGCCAGCUGUGGCUGGUUCCGCCACCACCGCCACCGCGGCAACCCCGGCCACAGCUGGCGCUGUGGCCGGAUCCACCUCCGCCACAGCUGCAGCAACCCCAGCCUCUGCGCCAGCUGUGGCUGGCUCCGCCACCGCGGCAACUCCAGCCACUGCGCCAGCUGUUGCUGGAUCCGCCACGGCCGCCACUGCGGCAACCCCCGCCGCUGCGGCCGCGACUCCUGCGCCCACUGCAGCUGCUGGAGGAGACCGCCGCCUGCCGCGGCGGGCGCACCGGCCCCCGGCGCCGUGGCGGCGGCCGCGCCGAGCGGCAAAGCGGCGAACGGGACCGCCAACCAGACGGUGGCGGUGGGUGCCGCGGGCGCUGCAGCCGAGGCGAUCCGCUCCGCACCCACGGGCAACCAGACGGUGACGACUGCGGCGGCCGCCGCGGCGGAGAAUGCGACGAGCGACGGCGAGGGAGGCGUCGUGGGAUGUCUGAUGAAAGGCGCUGA